AUGAUAGGGCCCACUGUUCCUGCUCAUAUCUUGUCUGCCAGACCUCCAACACCUGAAGAAGAGUCGGAGAAUGAGGGCCCCAUGCCCUCAGCAGCAAUAGAACCACAGAUUCCUCCACAGGUGACGGCCCACCCUAUGCCACCUCCACCGGAUGAGGACGAAGACGAGGACGAGGAUGAUUACGCCCCCGCUCUCCCUCCAGACAUGCUAACGUCUAGAGACCCCGCACCAUCCCCCUCAGCUCAAGGGGGGUCUACUUCCAAGAGAGUCCUUGGUCCUGCUUUCCCUCCCUCCAUGGCGGGUCAGCACCAAUCAUUUGAUGAAGACGAUGAUGAUUACGGGCCUUCUCCAUUACCAGCUGGGUUGGUUGUGGAGGAGAAGGAUGGAGUGAAGGAGUUCCUGGAGAGGGAAGAGCGUCGCCGGAAACAAAUCGAGGAGGCGAGCAAACCACAAGCGUUGAAGCGCGAGGAAUGGAUGCUUGUCCCGCCGUCCUCAUCCGAUUUGUUAGAAUGUAAGUCUGCCUUGGAAUGCACAUUUUCUUCCGUUGUCCAGACCAGUAACGUUUAUGAUGGCUUUGCGCGCAGCGCCGCCCCAGCGCGUAAUUCUGAUAAUUCCCUGUGGACCGAGACACCUGCAGAGCGACAACAGCGGAUCGCAGACGAGGUAGCGGGGAAACGACGCCGAGUAACGGACGCCGAUGCCAUGAGCCCAGAUGAAGAGAGGGAGAUGAGGAAGCGAAGAAAACAAGAGGAGGAAGUGAGGCGAGGAGUGGAGGAGCAUACGAGGAAGGUCCGCGGUAGUACCUUGUUGGAUCGGCACGCACGGGCGGCACCAUCGGAGGACAAAGACGAGGAGGGACCGCCUGCUAUUUGGGAUCACACCAGGGAUAUGGCGCUUUCUGGUCGGCUCAUGGACGACAAGUCGCGCGAGAAAUUCAUCCGGGAUGCCAGGGGAUUGAGUGACCGAUUCGGGUCAGGAAAAAGCGGUGGCUUCCUAUGA